GACCGGCUCUUCAUCUAAGAGUCUGCUGGGUUGUUCAGCCUCCAUAAUGGAAAGCCUUUUCAGACAUCCUCCCAUCUUGUCAGCUCAGUUUGAUUCACUGCUGCACUCGUGGAUGCUUGCCACCACCAGCCCUGUGCUACACCGGAUCACUCCCCACCUUGGGAUGAUGUGGCGUAUACGCAGUCGCUCCAGGACAAUCUGUCUGUCCUUGGCCCUUAUUACUGUUUUCCUCUACCUCCUCCUGGCGCUUGUUUCUCUUCCCAUUUACCACCAGCCCUGUGACACCCCCAAGGCACCUGGGACACACAUCCUGCGAGACCUGGCACACACCGACUACACCUCUGUGGGAAUGAAUGGCCUAGCUGAGCCACCAGCCGAGACCACACAUAGAGAUUCUUCCAAUAAAGAUGCCAAUAAGGAUGCCAAAGGCUAUGUGCGGAUUCUUUCUGACGUGUUAUUAGUGAAAGAGGGUAAAAAUGCCUCAAUAAAUAUGCCAGUUAAUGCAGGUCGCCAUGGCACCAACCGAGCUGAAUCUGCGGAGUCUGGGCUGUCAAAGCUGAAGGCGCUGUUUGACCAUCCUCUCUACAAUAUGCCCAGUCCUCCUAUCCCUGAGGAGGACUGGCUGUUGAAAGUGAAAUCAAAGGUCAAGGCUAGUGAGAAGAGCUCCCAGAUGUGGGUGAGUGCUAGCCAGGAAGGCUACGAGGAAGUUAAUUGGAACAGCAACAGUGACAGUCAUCCUCCUUGGCUGCGUUUCCACCUGGGCAUCUCCUGCUGGCAGCUGUACCCCCAUCUUGACCCAAACAUGGAGUCACUGAUCCAGCAGCUUGCCACACACCGCAUCGUGAGUGCAGUGCAGAAAUCUGGGGGGACGCAACUGAAGCUGGUGAUGUCAUUUCCAAACUAUGGACAGGCAAUGUUCAAACCCAUGAAGCAGGAGAGAGAUGAGGAAACCAAUUAUAACCUCUACUACUUUUCUGACUUUGAGAGACACAAUGCAGAAAUCGCAGCUUUUCACCUGGACAGGAUUCUGGGUUACAGAAGAAUCCCUCCAGUGGUGGGGAGGCUGGUGGAUGUGGUCAAGGAGAUCAAAGACGUCACUACCGACCACAAGCUGGCCAGAACCUUUUUUACCUCCCCUGUGGGUAACGUGUGUUUCUACGGCCAGUGCUCCUAUUACUGUUCAACAGAGCAUGCUGUGUGUGGCCGCCCCAGACACCUGGAGGCCUCUAUUGCUGUCAUGCUGCCUGAUCUCUCCCUGGCGGCCCGUAGGACAUGGAGAUCCCCCUGGAGACGCUCCUACAGCCGCAGCAAGCUGGCAAAGUGGGAGUCAGAUCCAGAAUACUGCUCAACAGUGAAAAAGACUGCACCAUACAACAAAGGCACAAGACUGGUGGACUUUAUAGAUCUGGUCAUACUGGACUUCUUGAUGAGUAACAUGGACCGACACCAUUAUGAAACCUUUGAGAAGUUUGGCAACAAUACUUUCCUACUACACCUUGACAACGGGAGGGCUUUUGGGCGUCACUCCAAAGAUGAGCCUUCUAUUCUAGCUCCUCUAGAACAGUGCUGCAGAAUCCGUCGCUCCACUUUGCUACGCCUGCAACUACUGUCCCUCCCACAGUAUCGUCUCAGUGACGUCAUGCGGGCCUCGCUCUCCCACGAUCCCCUUCACAGUGUGGCUCCACUGCUGUCGGAGCCCCACCUCGCUGCUCUUGAUCGGCGCUUGAAAACAGUGCUGCAGACCUUCAUAUUGUCUUUGAAAUCGGUCACUAUGUCCGGAACCACCAGUGACCAGCUGCACAGAUCAACUUUAAAUGUCUAUUUGAACCUAAUGGAGCAGUUCAAUCCUGGCCUCCAGAAGCUUGUUGCUCUAGGAAACAGCUAUGUCAAAGCUUUCCAAGCCUUAGCUGUUUGCAGUGAAGCCUACUUCAGCGCUGUGGCUAAAAUGGGUGACCAGGCCCUUCACACACUUUCAUCUCGCUCUCUUGGGGAUGUCCUGAUCCAGAUAUCGGAAACACAAAGAAGACUCACUGCAGAGAUGGAGGGAGUGUUUCGAUGGUUCCAGAUAGAGGUGUUGCAAGCCAUGGAGAAGAAUGUCAAGUUGGAUGAGGAGUACAUUGAUGGAAGUCGAAGAGUCUAUGAGCUGGAGGUAAGGAACCAGGCAGAGACUUUGGAGAAACAGCUCAGACGAGGAGUCUUCAGAGACUCUCUGGAGAACAGUGAGUACAUGGUCUACCUGAGACAAAGCCAGCAGGAGAUUCUGAAGGAAGAGGAGAGGAGGUAUCGCUUCUUGGCAGAGAAACACUGUGGCCUUACUCAGUCACUGCUCUUUCUUAUAAACAAGACUGGUGCGUCUCUCCAGCAAAAGACAGAUGGAUGGAAGGAGAAAGUGAACGACACCAGAGGCUCCAGACCUCGAACUCCCACUCAUUUGGAUCAAGAAGCGCAGCUGCGAGGAUCAGUGAGCUCCCUGCUGCAGACGGUAGCUAGAGAUGAAGAUAUGUCCUGGGCAAGGAGGGAGCAGCAGUCACUGGGCAGAGUGCCCUCAAGAGCGCCAUCUCCCCUUCCCAGCCGUUCUCGCUCCAGCUCAGUGGGGGAAUCUCUAGGUCUGGGUUCAGGGAGAGCCAUGAGAGCCCUGGUAUCUCACCCUUCCUCUUCCAACCCAAAGCUCCUACCUUUCAACAGGGGAGAGACUAUCACUGUACUUGUCCAGGAGCCACGCAACGGCUGGCUGUAUGGACGCACUGACAGCAGCCUACGUCAGGGCUGGUUUCCUGCUGCUUAUGUGGCGCCUAUUGAAGAUUUCUCGGACACUUUAGCGACAAGUGGUGGUUCUCUAAGAAGCCACAGUAUGAACAAUCUACUGGACCCCACUGACACCUACACUGACCAAUCAGAGAGCAAGAACUAUGGAGAUGUCCCGCCACCAGCCACACCCAACCGCAGAGCCUCUGUAGACUUCCGGCCUGUCUCUCCUCUACCUGAGAAGAAGCUGGAGCCAGUCGCGGAGUCAACGCCCAGUCAACACCCACCUCCACCUCCACCGCCACCGCCUCCUCCUCCCCCAAGUCAGAGUCUUAGAAGGAGCUCUGUAGAUUUUCGACCAAUAUCUCCACAUCCAGACAAGAAGAGUGAAUCAGCAUCUGAUGUCCAGGGAUUAUCACCCCAUGGACAACCUGAAAAUCCACUGUUUCCCAGAGGUACAAAUCCAUUCGCCACUGUAAAGCUUCGCCCCACCACGACCAAUGACAGAUCUUCUCCUCGGAUCCUUUGAACCAUCAGCACUCAUGCGAGCUCUCCUUAUAUAUCAUUAUAUAUCAGUAUGUACUACAUCAUCUGAUCAGAGUCAGGGAGUGAGGAGGAGGAGAUAGAGGAGAGGAGGUGAGAUAAUGGAAGAUGGAUGAGGAAGAGGAGUGGGAGGAAAGUGCACUGACGUGAACAUCUAGAAGUAAAACCAAUCGGACAAAAUGCACAACCUGAAAUACACAGAGGAAGGAAAUUAA